AUGGGGGACGCUUGUAUUCAGGAAAGACUGGACAGAGCCUUUGCCUCAGACCGGUGGGUGGAGCGAUUUCCAGAAUCAUUUGUUAACCAUGGCACUGACCUAGGGUCGGAUCACCGGGCUCUGAUUGUCGCGGAUAGAGAAUGUAAACGAGCCACGAAGCCUCUUUUUCGUUUUGACGCUAGAUGGGCCUCCAAUCCGGAGGUGAAGCCGUUUGUUGAAGAAAUCUGGCAGGAACACAUCCAGGGGUCACCCAUGUAUCGGUUGUGGAUCCGGCUGAAGAGAUUGAGACAUCGUCUUCACCAAUGGAGUAGGGCUGGCACUUCUAAUUCGGCGAGACAAAUUCGUACGCUAGAGACGGAGAUUGCUGCCCUCAAAACGGAAUACCCUAUUGAUUGGGAACAAGUGAAUAGGUUGGAAGGAGAUCUUACCAGGAAAUGGGCUGAGGAGGAGCUAUAUUGGAGGCAGAAAUCUAGGAUCCGGUGGCUGAAGGUGGGGGACCAAAAUUCCUCGUAUUUCUAUACGGUGACUAGGGCCCGACGGAGAAGGAAUUUUGUGGAGAAGUUGCUGAGUGAGGAAGGAGAGUGGGUGGAGGAGGAGGAGGAAAAGGCGGGGAUGGCGGUCAACUUUUACUCGUCCCUAUUUACCUCGGAAUGUGAGGAGGAAGGAAUAUGGGAGAAAGUGGAUGCAUUACCCAUCGAUCGGAGGGUCACUGAUGAAAUGAACACCAGCUUAACGGCAGAGGUGACCCCGGAAGAGAUCCGGCGUACGGUAUUUGGAAUGGGUUCAACACAGGCUCCGGGGUCGGAUGGCUUUACGGGCAAGUUCUUUAAGAGCUUUUUGAGCAUUGUAGGGCCUUCGGUGGUUGAAGCUGUGCGCUCAUUUUUUUGCAAAUGGGCGUAUUUUGUGUAG